CACUUAUGUCUCGUCUCCUUUUUGAGUUUCGCUACCGCUUUUCCUUUUUCGCUCUUCGCCAUCCUUAGACACCUUCAACUUUAAUUAUUUGGAAGUUUUAUUCUUGCUUCGUAUUUUUGAUAAAAAAGGAUGUCUGUUCUAAAACAAUUCGAACACCUCAGAAUUAGACUGGAAGUUAUAGAAUCAGCAACCAACAACUUUUCUAAAGACAGCUGCAUUGGAAGAGGAGGAUUUGGGAGAGUCUAUAAGGGAGAGUUACUCCACUCGAAGGGGCAUAGCAUGGUUGCUUUAAAACAUUUAGAUCGUGCGUUUGGGCAAGGAGACUCUGAGUUUUGGAGGAGGUAAUUAUGCUUUCAGUUUAUAAGCAUCAAAAUAUUGUCUCUCUCCUAGGUUUUUGUGACGAGAAAGACCAGAAGAUUCUAGUCUACGAGUAUGCAUCCAAUAGAAGUCUUGACUUGCAUCUCGACAACAAAGAUCUAAUGUGGGUUCGACGACUCAAGGUUUGCCUUGGGGUAGCUCGUGGACUAGCAUACCUUCAUGAUCCUGGUGAGACCCAGCAAAGAGUACUACAUCAUGACAUUAAAAGUUCCAACAUCCUAUUAGACGAAAACUGGAAUGCAAAAAUCGUAGAUCUGGGUCUAUCCAGAUUUUGUCCAGCUAACCAAAAGUAUACAUUUAUUGUGACUAAUAAUACUGUAGGUACAGUUGGGUACUGUGAUCCGUUAUAUUUAGAGUCUGGGAUACUAACAAAGGAAUCGGAUGUUUACUCUUUUGGUGUUGUUUUGUUUGAAGUUUUGUGUGGGAGGUUGUGUUUUGUCAACAACGGAUCCUUUACUCAAUUGGUACGGAAGCACUAUAGACAGAACAACCUAAAUGAAUUUGUUUGGGGUAAUAUAAGGGAUGAAAUACAUCCUAGUUCUUUUAAGGCAUUUUCAACAAUUGCAUAUCAAUGUUUAAAGAGUGACAAUGAAAAACGUCCAUUAAUGAGUGACAUCGUGAGAGGACUUGAAACUGCCCUGCAAUAUCAACUUUCAACAGCUUUAAUGUCAAUGCAGACAAGCCACCCCAGUUUUGAAAAGCUCCAACCAGAAAAGGUUGAUCUCUUAGAACAAGUGAGACGUCACGAUCAAUAUAUAAGUGGUUGGAAACUCAUGGAGUGGGUGAGGAGACCAUGGUUCGAAAUCCAUCCAACUAUCCUAGAAGAGACAUAAAUCGUCACAUUUGUGUUGAUUUGCUCAAGAGGGUUCCUUUGUUCAAAAACAUGAAUGAGCGGUUGCUUGAUGACAUUUGUCAACGAUUGAAGCCGCGUUUCUACACCGAUAACAGUUACCUCAUCCGAGAAGGAGAUCCCGUCAACGAAAUGCUCUUCAUCGUACGUGGUUGUCUGGAUAGUGAAACCACAGAUGGUUUAUUCAACAGUGGUUUUCUAAAAGAAGGAGACUUCUGUGGGGCUGAGCUUCUAAUCUGGGCAGUAGACCCUGAAUCCGGGGUUAACCACCCAUCCUCCACUAGAACCUUGAAGGCCGCGAGAGAUGUGGAGGCAUUUGCAUUACCAGCAGAAGAGUUGAAAUUUGUUGUCCUUCAUUUCAGGCAUUGGCGGACUUGGGCGGCAUCCUUCAUUCAAGCAGCAUGGCGGAGAUAUUCCAUGAGGAAGAACAAAGUAGCAUCAAUCAGACAGAUAAUCGCCUUCCGGACUAUCAUACAAGACAUGAAGAUUGCUAAGGAGUUAUUGAAGUUACAAAAGCCUCGGGAACCAUAUUCACGGCGCUGAUUAUAAUUAGUCAGUGAUCAUCGGAUGCCUACAUAGUAUUGCUAGUUUCUUGCAUCUUGUGCUAGUACGUUAAUACAAUUAUUUGUAGACAAAACAACAAGAUUGGUCUUUUAUGGUUUUUUUUUUUCCAAAAAGUGUAGAAAGGAUUAAAAUUCCACUAUGAUACUCUCCAAAAACUGUGGAUAGGAUCAAAAUUUUACUAUGAUACUCUCCAAAUUUUAAAUGUAAUGCAUUAUAUUUGAGAUUG